AUGGGGAAGAACAAGAACACCGGUUUGUCGGCUUCUUCCAAGAAGAUCGACCCUGCUCUCGAUGCCCUCUUCUCAACGAGCUCAGGACCGGUCCAAGCCCCGCCAAAAUCGCGAUACUCUGAGUUAGCAGCCUCGAGGGCUAGACAGGAGUCGGACAGUGAAAAUGAGGAGGAGGAUGAUGAAGAGCUUUCCAGCAUCGACGAGGACGGUGUGAACUUGUCUGAAGCCAGUGACGUGGAUGAGGCCGCAGGAAGUACACGCGACGACGAGUUGAGUGAUGCUUCCGCGCAAGGAGCAAGCGAUGAUGACGAGCGCGAAAUCGCUGCUCAGAUACUCGCCGAAGCCCAAGCACACGAGCGCAAGCAGAAGAAAAAGCGGAAGCACGAUGAAUUCCAUGAUCUGGAAAGCAAAUACUUCGACAAGCUCGGCGACGAUGAGCCUCCUGUUAGCAAGAAGAGGAAGUCUGACGACAGUGCUGAGGAUGAGGCUGGAGGUGCCAAGACCAAAGACGCUGAGGACGACUCAGACAGCGACAUACCCGUGCACGAGUCUCUUACGCAGAAAAAGGAGGUUGACGAGAUUGAGAAGGCGUCGCGAACAGUGUUCCUCUCGAACGUCUCCAUUGAGGCUGCUAGCUCAAAGAAGGCGAAGAAGACUCUCAUGGGGCACCUGUCUUCUUUCCUCGACAAAACUGCCUCGCCGCCACAGUCGCUGGAGUCGCUCCGGUUUCGCUCCCUCCCGUUUUCGACAGCAGCGAUGCCGAAACGUGCCGCUUUUGCUACCAAAAGCCUCAUGGAGGCCACCACACAGUCUGCCAACGCAUACGUAGUAUACAGCAGCCCGGCAGUGGCUCGCGCAGCAUGCGAGAAGCUGAAUGCAACGGUUGUGUUAGACAGGCACUUGCGGGUGGACAGUGUUGCGCAUCCCGCUCCAGUUGACCACCGGCGCUGUGUCUUCGUGGGCAACCUCGGUUUUGUGGACGACGAGACAGUGCUCAACGUGAAAACGGACGAGGAUGGCAAGGAGCAAACCGAAAAGCGCAAGCGAACCAAGGUGCCAAUGGAUGUCGAAGAGGGUCUUUGGCAAAACUUUGGCAAGCACGCUGGCAAGGUUGAGAGUGUGCGUGUUAUCAGGGACCAAACAACGAGAGUCGGAAAAGGAAUUGCCUACGUGCAAUUCUAUGAUGGUAAUUCAGUUGAGUCCGCUCUCCUCUUGAACGGCAAGAAGUUCCCACCCAUGCUGCCGCGAGAGCUGCGGGUCAGUCGGUGCAAGGCACCGCACAAGACAGCCAGGGCCAUGGACAAGAAGAACGCGGAGAGGAGCGCUGCACUUGCAGCCAGCAGCAAGGCCAAAAAGGGCACGAAAUACCAAAAACAGGCGGGAAAGCGUGAUCGGACGAACAGGGGCGAGAAGAAGUUUAGCAAGGACAGGAAGGAGGGCGCAGGCGUAGGCGUGGGCGCUGCUGGGUUCAAGAAGCCCGAAGACUUCGUCUUUGAGGGACGGCGUGCGAGCUCCCGCGACGCCAAACCAAAGGACCUGAAGCAGAAGGUUGGAAAGAAGAAAGCCGGUGCCAAGCCGAAGAGGAAGUCGGCGAGGUGA